CUCUGAUAAAACACUCUUAGUGGAGCAUGUCACAGAAAACCAGUCUGAGGAUGGAGGGGCUGAAAUGGUCCUAGAAACCAUGGAGGCCACUGAGACUGAGCCCAUUGACACCACUGCAGCUCCCACUACCCUUGCUGCCACCAGCACAACCACAACCAUAAGGAGCACAACUACCACCACUGCUGAGCCCACCACAACCCCCACCAUUGUCACUCCAAGCACACCAGUGUCUGAAAGAGCAGCUCCAACCAUCAUGUUGAUGCUGGACAACUUAAACAACAACAGUCGGCCCAGUCUCCACAGAGCAGGGAAGAUCCUUAACUGUGAAGGGACUCUGUCAUCCAUCGAGCAGCCAGUGAAGCAGCACAGUUAUGGGCGCAAUGAGGGAGCAUGGAUGAAGGAUCCUCUGGCUAAGGACUCCAAAAUCUACGUGACUAAUUAUUACUAUGGCAACAAUCUUGUGGAGUUUCGCAACCUGGACAACUUUAAGCAAGGACGUUGGAGUAACCUUUAUAAACUGCCUUACAACUGGAUUGGCACCGGCCAUGUGGUUUACAAUGGAGCUUUCUACUACAACAGGGCUUUCACUAAGAAUGUCAUCAAAUACGACCUGAAGAUGCGAUAUGUGGCUGCCUGGACGCUGCUGCAUGACGUGGUUUAUGAAGAUACCACCCCAUGGAAGUGGAGGGGCCACUCGGACAUUGAUUUUGCAGUGGAUGAAAGUGGCCUGUGGGUGAUUUAUCCUUCCAUGGACUAUGACUACAACCAGCAAGAGGUGAUGGUAAUCAGUAAAUUGGAUCCUGGAGACCUGUCCUUAAAAAAGGAAACCACAUACAGGACAGGUCUCAAGCGAAAAUCAUACGGAAACUGCUUCAUUAUCUGUGGUGUCUUGUAUGCUGUUGAUGUGUACAAUCAGAAAGAAGGUGAGGUGAACUAUGCUUAUGACACCCACACGAAUACUGAAGCAAUCCCACGCUUGUCUUUCACCAAUGAGUAUUCUUUCACCACACAAGUUGACUACAAUCCUAAGGAAAAGCUUUUGUAUGCCUGGGACAAUGGCCAUCAGGUUACAUACCGUGUAAACUUUGUUGACGAGUAAGAAGCUCUCAGGAGCCUGCCAGUAUGGCAGCUAAUGAGAACAUUCUCAGUAUUUGCCAGCCUUCAAACCACUGUUAAUAGACUCAGUGGGGUGAAUAAUAAAGCUAUACCAUCCUUCUUGUACCAUUGUAUGCUUCUCAAAUAGUUGUAAUAAGUACUCAUACCGUUUAACUGGGCUGUGACUGUUAAACAUCAACAUAUAACUCAGGACCCUAUAUGGGAUCGCAGAAGUCGAAGCCAGACUGGGAUCAGCGUCCACAUACUGUAGCCUGGUGCCACAGACACUCAUACUAGUAAUAAUGUCCAUGUUGGCAAUUAUUUACAAUAAAAUGAACUGGAAGUCGCUGAAAUAUUCUCACAGGUUGAGUUCUGUUUCAUUGAAAAUGGUAAAUGGACUGUACUUAUAUAACACC